GAACAUUCUUGUGUCUUGUCUUGUUAGUUCUCCACAGACUACAAUUAUUCUUAAAUCUCGACCAAGUGGAAAGCUGCUUGUGUGUACAGUGUACUUAUUUAGUGUACCCAACUUGUUUGUCCGACUGAAAACUGAAUGUUUACAGUCAGUUCGAAACGGUUUAAUAAUCACAUUUGUUUGAGUUACACGAAAAAUAUGAAAUAUUUUUAAGAGAAGAAGAAUUUAACGCAAUCCAACACGUUUUGUUAAUUUAUAUUAAAAAAAAAAAUUUUUAAAAAAUGGUAGAAGAACCAAAAGAGAUCCAAGAUCAAGAAAUCAUUGUUAAUGAAAUUGACGGUCUGCCCAGCUUACAUGAUGAAAAACUUGACCUGUACAAAGCCUUGGCUUCAGAGCAGUCGUCACUAGAAGACUUAAACGAUGAAGACCUGCCCACUUCGUUAAUUGUUACUAAUGUGGAUCCCGCUAUUUUCAAGGAUGACGAUCUUAAGAAAGAAAUAGAAGUGCUAUUUAGCCGAUUUGGUGAAGUCAUCUCCAUUCAGUAUUUCCGAAGCUUCAAACGUCUAAGAGUUAACUAUGGUACACCAGCGUCGGCAGCCAACGCAAGAAUUCAAAUGCAUCAAAUACGUUUCUAUGAUACAACAAUCAACUGUUAUUUUGCACAGCCUGUAACACCGAUUGACGCCGCCGACCAACACUUGCAAUUGCCAGCUCCGGUCAAACAGUUUUUGAUUUCUCCUCCGCCGUCUCCCCCGGAAGGUUGGGUACCAAGAGCAGAAGGAGAACCGCUUAUAAAUUACGAUUUAAUAGCGGCCAUCGCCAGUCUUACUCCUGGCCAACCUCAUGAAAUUCAUGCAUCUACCGACUCAUUGCCAGCCAUUGUUUUACACGUAGCAGACGGAUAUGAAAGUACUAAAUCAUCAGUUAAAAUUCCUCCAACUAGACUACCGGACAAAUGAAAAUAUACAUUAAUUAGUCAAUGUUAUUUCAAUCUAUGUAUUAAGUACUAUUAAUUUUAUUAUAUUAUUUUUUUUCACGAGUAUUUUAAUGUUUGUUCUAUAUUUAACGUUGUAUCAUUUAUCAUUAUUAUUAUUACCAAGAAUUUAUUUAAUAUUAUCCACGUUAGUGUGAAUAUUAAUUAUACAAAAGUUUGUGUUCUUACUCUUUUUUUUCCUACUAAAAUUCUAAUAUUUCUUUUCAACCUUAGUGCUUACUUCUUUAAGACUGUCAAUAAAUAUACUUACUUAUGUAAUAAGCUGAAAUUGCUAAAUUAUAUGUC